UGCUCCUACCCAGCUUUGCUUCAUCAAUAUCUAACACUGUUCUAAGGGCAACCAAUCAUGUUCAUCAUGACUCUCUUCAUACUCUGGUCUCUUACUCUUCGCCUCCUCUACUUCUUGUUCUCCAUCAUCCAACAAUCCUAUGGCAUCAAAUCGUCAAAAAAGCCUUCACGGUUCUCCUCUUACGGCCCUCCUUCCUACCCCGUAAUCGGUUGCCUAAUCUCCUUUUACAAAAACCAGCACCGUCUCUUGGACUGGUACACUGACAUGUUGUCCACCUCCCCGUCACAAACCAUCGUCGUCAGCCGCCUGGGGCUGCGGCGCCGCAUUAUUGUGACGGCGAACCCGGCCAACGUGGAGUACAUUCUCAAGACCAACUUCUCCAACUUCCCCAAGGGCAAGCCGCUCACAGAGUUCCUCGGCGACUUACUCGGCUGCGGCAUAUUCAACGUCGACGGCGAGCUCUGGUUAACGCAGCGCAAGCUAGCCAGUCACGAGUUCAGCACAAAGUCGCUGAGGGAGUUCGUCGUUAAAACUUUAGAGGAUGAAGUGGAGCAGCGACUUCUUCCGCUUCUGGAAGAAGCUGCGGAGAGUCAACGGGUUUUGGACAUGCAAGACGUGUUGAGGAGGUUUGCUUUUGACACGGUUUGUAAGGUCUCUUUGGGUACCGACCCGUUUUGCUUGGACUUGGCAAGACCCGUGCCGGCGCUUGUCGAGGCCUUCGACUGCGCAUCGGAGAUAAGCGCCCGGCGCGCGACGUCGCCGAUGUACUUUAUUUGGAAGUUGAAGCGCGCUUUGUGUGUUGGGUCUGAAAACAAGCUCAAAGAUGCUAUCAAAGUCGUACAUGAUUCUGUUCAGGAGAUAGUAAACAACAAAAGAAAAAUUCUUCAAACAAAUGAGGGAAAGAACUGCGGGAAUGACUUGUUGUCACGUAUGUUGUUGGCGGGACACGAUGAGGAAGUGGCCAGAGAUAUGGUGAUAAGCUUCAUACUGGCCGGACGAGACACGACGUCGUCCGCCAUGACCUGGCUGUUUUGGUUGCUCAGCAAGCAUCCGAGCAUAAAGGAGAAGAUAGUUUUUGAAGUUGCAGACGUACUUAACAAUGGUACAAGUAGUACUGAGAGUACUACUAAUGCUGAUUCAACAUUAGGGUUUGAAGACUUAAACGAAAUGAAGUUCCUGAGGGCUUGUUUGUGCGAGUCGAUGCGAUUGUACCCGCCGGUCCCCUGGGACUCAAAGCAUGCCGAGGCCGGGACUGUUUUGCCGGACGGGACUUGGGUUGGGGAAGGGGAUAGAGUCACGUAUUUUCCUUAUGGGAUGGGGAGGAUGAAGGAGCUGUGGGGGAAGGACAGAUUCGAGUUUAACCCAGAUCGCUGGUUUUGUGAAGAACGGGGUUCUGAUGGGAGUGAUAAUGAACGGGUGAUGAAAGUGGUUAGUCCUUACAAAUAUCCGGUUUUCCAGGCCGGUCCAAGAGUUUGUCUUGGGAAGGAGAUGGCUUUUAUUCAGAUGAAGUACGUAAUGGCCUCGGUGUUGAGGCGGUUUGAGAUCACACCGGUUUGCGAUCUAGAACAACCAGUUUUUGUUCCUCUGUUGACGGCUCACAUGGCUGGAGGGUUAAAGGUCCUGAUUCAAAAGAGAAGUUAGAACUUGAUACCAAAUGCAUGGUUUACAAUAUAUUGAAGUUUCGCAUAAU